CCGUCCGUCAGACGCAGGCGCGUCGUCCUCGUCGUCACGUCGUCACGAAACACGCUGUCGGUGCGGACCUCGCCGAAGUACGGUCCGCAUUCAGGAUUGACACUCGCCGGAGACGUGCACGCUGACGCUGACGGUGACGGCGUCGGCGGUGCUUUGCGGGGGAGCUAUCGAUUAUUCGUUAAUUUAUUCAUGUCCGCGAGUAGCAGACCACGACGCCGCACUGGCUACCGUCGGUCGAUUCGGACCUGGCUGUACGGCUGCACGCGAGCCACCGUGUUAUGUGCCGCGCUAUAGUCGGCCGACAACCCUCCUGGUCGCUCGUCGUCUUCGUCGUCGUCGUCGUCGUCGUCGUCGUCGUCGGCGGAGCGUGCUCCCACUCGUAUGACUCCCAACAGCCGCGGCCCUCAUGUCGGACAUCGAGGAGGACUCGGUCGAGAAACGGCUGAAGAUCGUGCUCGUGGGUGAUUCCGGCGCUGGCAAAACCAGUAUCGUCCAGAAGUUUUGCAACAACGACUUCGCUCGCCAGUACGUCCCCACCGCGGGCAUCGACUUCUUCCUCAAGAACUUAACCAUCGGCGGCUGCAAGAAUGUCAACCUGCAUCUGUGGGACGUCGGCGGGCUCGCCCUACACGGCAACAUGCUGGACAAAUAUAUCUUCGGGGCGCAUAUUAUCCUUUUGGUGUACGACGUCACCAACAGUUCGAGCUUCGAGAUCCUGGAGGAGUGGCUCAGUCAGAUCAGGAAUUUCAUCGACGCUUACGACGAGCCUCUGAUAGCGUUGGUGGGUAAUAAGUGCGACAUGGAGCACCAAAGGACAGUCAAACGCGACAGGUCGCAUCGAUUCGCCGCGGAAAACGGGUUUCCGUACCACGACAUGUCCGCGAGAACCGGAGAAUCGGUAUCGUUGUGUGUCGCGAGUCUGGCGGCGCAAGUCCUGGGUGUCCGAUUGACGAGGACUGAUCAGGAUUUCCACAAGCCCAUCAUCAUCGCCGAGAUCGGAGAUACGGUCGACAUGACCUCGAUACACAAAGUCGUCAAGAGGAUUCCCAAUAAGAAGCAAUACCCGAUCGCCUUCAAUCCCCAUUUCCCGUCCUCGAAAUCCGCGGUCUGCACGCUGCAGUGAUGCUGCAGCUUGUCGCAUAUCCUCGCAGAGUAGAUUUUCCUCGCGUGAAUCUCAUCGAGAGGAGAAAUCAGGACCUCUGAGGAGAAUGUAACAUUCGCUGAACCGAGAAAGAGAAACGCUCGACCUCGCCGUAGGUCGAUCUACCGACCUCCCGCCGGCAGUUGGAAAUCAUUUUCACUUUCGGUAAUAUGAAUGAGACUUGUCCGCUUCUGUUGGUCGCAUGUGGCGUAUACAAACAGUAAGUUAUCUUAUCAUCCUGCUUUUUAAUAGGUGAAUAUUAUUCAGUGUACCGGAUGGACUCGGUACACGUAAUGUAAUGUUGUGCGAACAUAUCGUAUAUGGGCGUCCAGCGUGUAAUUGCGUGUGUUGAGUGUGAAUGCCUUUGAACGUACGUUUGUGUGUUGCAUCGUUUUCACCGUGAUUUAUACAUUACACACACGCACAUACACAUGCACACGGAAAAAAAAAACGAUAACGAAAAAAUAUCUGUGUAACGCGGGGCCAAUGAA